AUGGCGCUCCGCGAAUCCCUCCAGCGGCGCAAAGUUCGCAGGAGGCGAGAGAUGCUGCCGCAGCAAGUUGGCUUCGUUUGCGCCGUGCUGGCCCUGGUGUGCUGUGCGUCUGGCCUCUUUGGAAGCUUGGGCCACAAAACAGCUUCUGCUAACAAACGUGUUCUGCCAGACACCUGGCGAAACAGAAAGCUGAUGGCACCGAUCAAUGGAACUCCACCGGCUAAGAACUGCACAGAUCCUGCGAUCCACGAGUUCCCCACAGACCUGUUCUCCAACAGAGAGCGGCAACACGGCGCUGUCCUACUACACAUCCUCGGUGCUCUCUACAUGUUCUACGCCCUGGCCAUCGUGUGUGAUGACUUCUUUGUCCCCUCCCUUGAGAAGAUCUGUGAGAAACUUCAUCUGAGUGAAGAUGUGGCUGGUGCCACCUUCAUGGCUGCUGGAAGCUCGACACCAGAGCUGUUUGCUUCUGUCAUCGGUGUGUUUAUCACCCACGGAGAUGUUGGUGUGGGGACAAUUGUAGGCUCUGCUGUGUUCAACAUCCUAUGCAUCAUUGGAGUGUGUGGACUCUUUGCUGGACAGGUGGUGCGGUUGACGUGGUGGGCUGUGUGCCGUGACUCUGUGUACUACACACUCUCUGUCGUCGUGCUCAUAGCGUUCAUAUACGACGAGGAAAUUGUGUGGUGGGAAGGCCUGGUGCUCAUCAUCUUGUACGUGUUUUAUAUUCUGAUCAUGAAGUACAAUAUGAAGAUGCAGACAUUUUUCACAACCAAACAAAAGAGCAUUGCAAAUGGUAACCCAGUCAGCAGCGAGCUGGAAGAUGGUAAUGACCUCUAUGACGGUAGCUAUGACGACCCUUCUGUGCCAUUGCUGGGGCAAGUGAAGGAGAAACCUCCCUACAGCAAGACCCCAGUGGUGAUGGUGGAUGAGAUUCUGAGCUCUAGCCCUCCCAAGUUCACCUUCCCGGAGGCCGGCCUGCGCAUCAUGAUCACCAACAAGUUUGGGCCCAGGACCCGACUACGGAUGGCCAGCAGGAUCAUAAUUAAUGAGCGACAGAGGUUGAUCAACUCGGCCAAUGGUGUUAAUAGCAAGCCACUGCAAAAUGGGAAACAUGAGAACAUGGAGAAUGGAAAUGUCCCUGGGGAGAACCCUGAAGACCCACAGCAAGGCCAGGAGCAGCAGCCGCCGCCACAGCCACCACCCCCAGAACCAGAGUCAGUAGAGACGGUCUUCCUGUCCCCCUUCUCAAUGCCUGAGGCCAAAGGCGACAAGGCUAAGUGGGUGUUCACCUGGCCCCUCAUCUUCCUCCUGUGUGUCACCAUCCCCAACUGCAGCAAGCCCCGCUGGGAGAAGUUCUUCAUGGUCACCUUCGUCACGGCCACACUGUGGAUCGCCGUGUUCUCCUACCUCAUGGUGUGGCUGGUGACUAUUAUUGGAUAUACUCUUGGGAUCCCUGACGUCAUCAUGGGCAUCACCUUCCUGGCAGCCGGCACAAGUGUUCCAGACUGCAUGGCCAGCUUAAUUGUGGCAAGACAAGGCCUUGGAGACAUGGCAGUGUCUAACACCAUCGGAAGCAACGUGUUUGACAUUCUGGUGGGGCUUGGCAUCCCGUGGGGCCUGCAGACCAUGGUUAUUAAUUAUGGAUCCACAGUGAAGAUCAACAGCCGGGGUCUCGUCUAUUCCGUGGUGCUGCUGCUGGGCUCCGUUGCUCUCACUGUCCUUGGCAUCCACCUCAACAAAUGGCGCCUGGACCGGAAGCUGGGCAUCUACGUGCUGGUCCUCUAUGCUGUCUUCCUGUGCUUCUCCAUAAUGAUAGAGUUUAAUGUCUUUACCUUCGUCAACUUGCCCAUGUGCCAAGAAGACGACUAA